AUGGCAGCAAAAAUGCUGAGUAUAGGAAGAAAGUUGAACUAUGUUUUCAAGUCCAUGAAUUAUGAGGUUAUAGAAAACUACACCAUACCAAAUGUGAUGUUGAACUUAACAGAUGAGUGCACAUGUACUUGCAGAUACUUUUCUGGAGACUGGGAUAGGUUUAGGGAACAUAUGUCUAAUCAAAACAUACAGUACAAUACCAUAUUAUCAGCUGAAACCAUUUAUAAACCAGAGAAUUACAAGAAACUAACAGCUAUUUUUGAAAACUUCCUUUCUCCAGAUGGUGAGAUUUAUAUAGCAGCCAAGUCCAACUAUUUUGGAGUAGGAGGAGGUACAAGAGACUUUGAAAGUUUUGUUCAUGAAUUGGGAGGAUUUACUAUAGAAACAUGUUGUACAAUAGAAGCAGGGGUUCCAAGGGAGAUAAUGAAAUUGACAAGGAUGAAAUGA